CCUUGGUAUUCAUAAGGGUUUUGUAAAGUUGUAGAAGGGGGGCGGUAUCAUCGUACUCCUUCCAUUCACUGAAAACACACAUACUCUCUUACACCAUCAAUGGCCGCAAUCACCUUAUAGAGCAGAAAAAAUAGUUUCUACGAACCACUCUACUGCUCAUCAGUACUCAAAUCUAAUCGAAAUCCAUUCAAAAUCAACGUUGAUACCAAUGGCAGCUUUUAUUCCUCAACCACCCGCAACAGCUUCACCGGCCGAAGCUAUUAAGCCAGAGAAAGUUGAUUACAUGGACCUGCCGUGCCCUAUUCCUUACGAAGAAAUUCACCGCGAGGCUAUGAUGUCAUUAAAGCCUGAACUUUUUGAGGGUAUGCGUGUCGACUUUACCAAGGGUCUGAAUCAGAGAUUCUCACUAAGUCACAGUAUUGUUAUGGGGCCUACAGAACUUCCUUCUCAAUCUGCUGAUAUAAUUAAAAUCCCUACUGCAAACUAUGAGUUUGGUGCUAACUUUAUCGAUCCAAAGUUGAUGCUCUUUGGAAGGAUCUUGACUGAUGGGCGACUAAGUGCCCGAGUGAAGUGUGACUUGUCUGAAAAUCUUACUAUGAAAGCCAAUGCUCAGCUUACAAAUGAGCCUCACAUGUCACAUGGAAUGUUCAACUUUGACUAUAAGGGUAGUGAUUACAGGACACAGUUCCAACUAGGAAAUGGUGGCCUCCUUGGAGCUAGUUAUAUCCAGAGUGUGACCCCUCACCUGUCUUUAGGUGGGGAGGUGUUCUGGGCUGGUCAGCAUCGGAAAUCUGGCCUUGGCUAUGCUGCAAGAUACAACACGGACAAAAUGGUCGCCUCUGGACAAAUAGCCAGCACUGGAAUGGUUGCUCUUAGCUAUGUUCAGAAAGUGUCUGAAAAGGUUUCUCUAGCAACUGAUAUGAUGUACAAUUACAUGUCAAGAGAUGUCACUGCCAGCUUUGGCUAUGACUAUAUACUUCGUCAGUGUCGUCUUAGAGGAAAGAUCGACUCUAAUGGGUGUGCAUCUGCUUUUCUUGAAGAAAGGUUGAAUAUGGGUCUGAAUUUCAUUCUAUCAGCCGAGCUGGACCACAGGAAGAAAGACUACAAGUUUGGGUUUGGGUUGACAGUUGGAGAAUAGGUGAAGAGGCCAGGUGGGAAAAAGUAAACCUAGGAGGAAUUUAAACUUAUUUUUGAGUGAGAAACAAAAACUUGUCAUACAUGGUAAUGGUAUGAUUUUUUUUAAAAAAAAACAUGAUCAAAGAGUCAAGUUUUGUACUUGGUUUUUGAGCAAGCAUUAUUUGCUAUGCAAUUGCAGCAGCUGCAUAGACAGUUUUUUUUAGAGCAUAAUCCAU